AUGGAUACUCUAAUAGCCAGAGCGGACGCCAUUCAGCCGCUUGCUAAGAGGCGGAAAACUUCGCGCACCCCGUUGAAAGGCGCUUCUUCUAAAGGUCCAUCAUCUAAAUCGCAAAAACCCACUACAUCAGAGAAGACGUUCAACUCUGUCGCGAAGCACACAUCCAUACCCAAAUCCUUGCAAGACAAACACGAAAUUCCCGAAGAUGCACGAUAUAAACACAUUACGAACAAGAAGCUUCGGGCGCAGCUGAAUCAACAGUCUGCCCAAGGAGCAAGGGCAAAAGCGUUUCUGCAAGAUGCGGAGAUGCUCUUGAUGGAUGAGGCGGGAGGGAUGGAGGUCGAGGGAGAAUUGGAUCGGACGUGGAGGGUUGGGCAGAGCGAGGUUGUGAAAGCGUCAGGGCAGGAGGCUGCGAAGGGAAGGAAAGAGUACAAGCUGGACGGGGGGCCGUAUCGUUCCCGGUAUACAAGAAAUGGACGGCAUCUUGCCAUUGUAGGUAGCAAGGGGCAUGUUGCGACCUUCGACUGGCAAACGGGGACGAUGCAUUCAGAACUUCAACUACAAGAAAUUUGCAGAGACAUCACGUUUCUACAAGAUCAUUCAUAUUUCGCGGUCGCGCAAAAGAAAUAUGUCUUCAUCUACGACCGCGAUGGGGUUGAGCUACAUUGUCUCAAAGCUCACAUCGAGCCCACGCGACUAGAGUUUCUGCCGUAUCAUUGGCUAUUAGCGAGUGUGGGCAAUGCAGGCUACCUAAAAUACCAAGACACGUCCACGGGCCAGCUCCUCGUCGAGCACCGCACCAAGUUCGGCUCGUGUUCUGCUAUGACCCAAAAUCUGCACAACGCCGUCAUCCAUCUCGGACACCAGAACGGCUGUGUCACACUCUGGACGCCCAAUUUGCCACAUCCGGCCGUCCAACUAUUAGCCCACCUUGGUCCCGUCGUCAGUGUAGCCGUCGAUCCGAGCCAAGGAGGGAGGUACAUAGCGACGGCGGGUCGAGAUGGCACCGUGAAAGUGUGGGAUUGUCGGAAUUGGAAAGGAGCUAUGCGAGAUUGGACGGUACGAGGAGGAGACCCCGAGCUGGAGUGGAGUCAGAGAGGUUGUCUUGCUGUUGCGUCCAGUGGUACCGUCAAUGUUUAUCGGCCUCCGUCAAUACACACGCCAUUUAACGUCAGGACUCCGCCACCACUAUACAUAACCCAUCCCAUCCCACAUCGACCGCUUACAUCUGUCCGAUUUGCGCCAUUCCAAGAUAUCUUGACCGUUGGUCAUUCGUCUGGCCUUUCAAGUGUUCUUGUUCCUGGCAGUGGAGAGCCCAAUUUCGAUAGCAGAGAAGCCGAUCCAUUCGAAAACAGGAAGGCUAGAAGGGAGAGGGAAGUCAAGACAUUGUUGGACAAGAUUCAACCUGAUCUCAUCACCCUCGACCCGGAGAUGGUCGGCAAUCUCGCCCCUCCUCCAAAGCUGACUACCGUCACCACUUUCGAUGGAAAGCCACCUGUUGACAUCCCAUACGCCCGUUUACCACGGAUGGAAAGACUGAAGGUCUCUGGCAAGCUGGACGAGAAGGAGGACAACAGCGGAGAGGAGGACGAAGGUGCCGAUCCGGAGGCAAAGGCGAAGGCAAAAGAGGAACGGGAGAAACGGAAGAUGAGGGGCAAAGGCAAGAGCCUGAAUAGAUACUUGAGGAAGCAGCGCAAGAACGUCAUCGACCCGAGUGUGAUUGCCAUUCGGAAGAAGAUAGAGAGGCAGAAAGAAGAGGAGAAGAGGGAGGCAGAGGCGUCUUCGGCAGGCGCAGCUGAGCAAAAGAAGAAGCCCUCAGCGCUAGAUCGCUUCAAGCGCGAAAAGUAG